AUGGCUAAAGGGCCCUUCAGAAGUCUAGCAGAACGAGUGGCCUUCUACUGGUUUGCAUUCUUCAAUUUCUUCUUGUUCUUGUUCCUCUUCCUCAAGAAUGGAGCCUAUACCAAAGGAGAGUCGAGGCAGGACGAGGCGCAGUACGCAAUUGAGAAAGACCGCUUCUGGAACCUUUCCAAACCACCUCUGCCCGGCUUCAAACAUUAUUUCCACACCCUACGCAGUCACCUCAAACUUCACUACAUAAGCAACCGCGAUGGACCUGCCCGCGGAAAUCUGGUGGUCUUCUUUCAUGGCUUCCCUGACAGUUCAAUGAUGUGGAGACAUCUUUUUCAAGAGAAGGAAUUGCCCUUGCAGGAUGCCUCCAUUGUUGCUGUUGACUUACCCGGCAUGGGAGGCAGCGAUAGCUUUCCAAAAUACGAUACCGAAGUCCUGGAGGCUCUCACUGAGUUUGUGAUUGCCAUGAGAGACAAAUACAUACCUCUGGAUGAGACCGAGACUACAAACACUAUCAUUGUAGGUCACGACUGGGGAUGUGUUCUCGGCUUUCGUCUUGCUUCUGAAGCACCCGCCCUCGCGGAUCGAUUUAUCUUGACCAAUGCCCCGCAUGUUGAACUUGCCUUUGCGAAUAGGGAUAGAGUCCUGCAAUCGUCUUCCAAGAUAUUCAAGCAAUUUCGCCAGUCACCUGUGCAAAAUUGGGCGUGUCUCUCCAAAUCGAUCAAGACUCUGAAUCCUUUAAUCCAACAGACAUUGAGGAUGGGUUAUAUCUUCAUGUUCAAUCUCCCAGCAAUCUUUGUCGGUCACAUGGGAACCGCUGCAAAAUGCGCUUUUAUUCGAGGCGCCAACAACCUUGGAUAUAGCCGCAAGUCAGGAGAAUACCGGGCUCAAGAAUGCAAGGCUUCCUCAUUUGGCCCUGGUCCGGAAGAGUGUACUACAUCCAUUAAUUCUUCCUCGAAACCUGAAGACAUGUAUGGAUCAACUGUCCUUGAUCGAGCCAAGUCUCAUGGGACCGCAUUCUACCAAAUGACAGGUCUCUACAGAGACGGGGCGGGCACCCUGCCAUGGACCAAGUCAUUGGAAACUAUCGCUGAUCUCUAUGCGUUGGAAACUUCGGCAUCGGAGUCUCCUAGUCCUAGCCGUCGACGAUCAUCAAUCUCAAAUGGUGCCCUGUUCACGGAUCCACGCAAAGGUUGUCUCAAGGCACCAACAUAUGUUCUGUGGGGAGAAAAGGACACCGCUUGUGGCAAGCCCAUUUGUCUAGACGGACUUGGUGAUUAUCUUGCCAAGGACAGCGAGAUCAUCCUUCUUCCUCGAGCUGGACAUUGGACCCCAGUUCAACAAGAAUCCAGGGCAGUAUUGGCAAAAAUGAUCAACUUGUGUGCUGGCAAGAAUGCGAAGCCAGUCCCCAAAAUGGCCGACAAGAUCAAGGAGGUGUAUGAAGGUGCUGUUCUCUUGGCACAGAAGUGA